AUGGGCCUGAGCUCUUCCAAGGCACACCCCAGGGUGAUCAAGGUGGCACCGAUGCUCACUGGAGAGGACCUGCCUGCCCUCAGUGCCCUGUACUGACUCCCUAGUGUGCCAGGACAACCCAGCCUAUACCCACAGGAUGUGGAAAAGUGGGGAAAACCCAUCUUUCACCAGGAGCUUCCACCUUUCUGGGAGUCCUGGUACUGCAGAGCCUCUACAGAAAUGAGAAGAAGGCUUGAACCUGCCAUCCCUCUGCAAACAAUUGCUCCUGUGAAGCCCUAGAGUCAGCAAGAAGUGGCUGCAAGCCCAAAACCAAAGGUGCUGGAGAAGAGGGGGCAAAGCCUGAAUUGCCUCCCUGUCAGGUGACAGCACUUACAAUUUCAGGUGCUGGUCUUGACCUGCAAGAGAUGAGAGGCAGAGCUGAAGCGAAAUCUCCACAGGGAGGCGAAAAUCAAUAAACAAAACAUCAAGGAAUUCAGCCCAAAGGACGUCCUUGACACUCUCCAGAGAGGCAACAGCACUGAAAGCCAAGACCUCAUCCCUGCUGAGCACAAUCAGUGUUUUCAUGAAGAUGAUCAUGGAAACACAGAGUGUGGAGGAAUCUCCAGGCAGCAUGAUGGGGCUGAACUCUCACCAGACAGGAGUGGGAAGGCUGACCUUUGGUUCCUCAGGGAGCCAUGAACAAGCAAUCCAUUCUGGGACACCUCCAGCACAGGGUCUGAGGAGUGGGAAAAGAUUUACCACAAACCUACACUUGUGAGAACCAAGACAGAGAGAGUUUCUCUCUUUGAUGACUUCCAAGACAGGGAUUUCUGGUGA